CAAAAAGAAACAAAGCAAUGGCUUCUUCCCCUAGGAUGGGGAGAUCGCCCCUUCUCGUUUAUGCUCUUGCCUUUACUGUCAUGGCUGCAACCAUCGCAGCCUCUGAUCCAUACACUUAUUCUUCUCCACCACCACCCGAAUACUCACCUUCGCCCAAGGAAAGUUAUGAAUCUCCUCCACCUCCUUACGCUUACAGUUCUCCACCACCACCGCCUUACUACUCACCUUCACCCAAGGUUGAGUACAAAUCUCCACCACCCCCAUACGUUUACAAUUCACCCCCACCGCCACCUUACUACUCACCUUCCCCCAAGGUUGAGUACAAGUCUCCACCACCACCAUAUAUCUAUAAAUCUCCUCCACCACCGCCGUACUACUCACCAUCGCCAAAGGUCGAGUAUAAGUCUCCUCCACCACCAUACGUUUACAGUUCUCCACCACCACCGCCUUACUACUCACCUUCACCCAAGGUUGAGUACAAGUCUUCACCACCCCCGUACGUUUACAGUUCUCCACCACCACCAUCUUACUACUCACCUUCACCCAAGGUUGAUUACAAGUCUCCACCACCACCAUAUGUCUACCAAUCUCCACCACCGCCUUACUACUCACCUUCUCCAAAGGUAGAGUACAAGUCUCCUCCACCCCCAUACGUCUAUAGUUCUCCACCACCACCACCUUACUACUCACCUUCGCCCAAGGUUGAGUACAAGUCUUCACCACCCCCGUAUGUUUAUAGUUCUCCACCACCUCCGCCUUACAACUCACCUUCACCCAAGGUGGAGUACAAGUCUUCACCACCCCCAUACGUUUACAAAUCUCCACCACCACCAUCUUACUACUCACCUUCACCCAAGGUUGAGUACAAGUCUCCACCACCACCAUAUGUCUACAAAUCUCCACCACCGCCUUACAACUCACCUUCACCCAAGGUUGAGUACAAGUCUCCACCAUCGCCAUACGUCUACAAAUCUCCUCCACCCCCGCCAUACUACUCACCUUCGCCCAAGGUUGAGUACAAGUCUCCUCCACCCCCAUACGUCUACAAUUCUCCCCCACCACCGCCAUACUACUCCCCUUCGCCCAAGGUUGAGUACAAGUCUCCUCCACCCCCAUACGUCUACAAUUCUCCCCCUCCACCACCAUAUUAUUCUCCUUCCCCAAAAGUCCACUAUAAGUCGCCAUCAUAUCCACACGUUUGUGUUUGUCCCCCACCUCCACCGUGUUACUCUCCAUCUCCGAAAAUUAUAUAUAAGUCUCCACCAUCAGAUGUAUACAAACCUCCCCCUCCACCACCGUAUUAUUCUCCUUCUCCCAAGGCAGAGUACAAAUCUCAUCCACAUCCAUACAAGUAUAGCUCUCCACCUCUUUCACCGUAUUACUCACCAUCUCCAAAGAUUGAGUACAAAUCUCCUCCUCCACCAUAUGUAUACACUUCUCCACCACCUCCACCUUACUAUUCACCAGCCCCUAAAGCCGAGUACAAGUCUCCUCCACCCCCAUACGUCUACACAUCUCCACCUCCACCACCAUAUUACUCUCCUUCUCCAAAGGCUGAGUACAAAUCUCCUACACCUUCGUACUACUAAAGUCCACUGAAUGCCAUUAAUAUUUGAUCGAUGAGAUUUCAUUGAAGUUCUAUUCUUCGAAUCCCUCUUAAUUUCUAUGAAUUAUAAAUUUGAUUGGUUGAAUUACCAAUUUGUUAGUCUUUAUAUGACUAUCUUUGACAUUUUGAAUGUAAGAAGUCUAUGUGCUUUGUUGUUAUUCAUCUUUGGUAUCCUUCAUUUUGAUGCAUUGAAUAACCAUGUAAUUUUCUUGUUUGUGGGCUCCAUGUAUUUCAUUAUUAUUGAUGGAAUGAGAGUGUUGAUUUUAUGAA